AUGCAAAGUUAUUUACCUGAGGAUUCAUAAAUAAAUAAUAAUGAAUAGCCAAAGAAAAUUAAAAAAAAAAACAAAUUUGAUUAUCACAGAAAAAAAAGGAGAAGUUCUGAUGCUUCCAAUACUAAAAAAUCAAGUUAGAAAUUCACACUGGAGGAAGAUAAGCUUAUUCUACAGUUAGUUCUAAAUGUCGGUCCUAAGUUUUAAAAAAUUCAUAAGCACUUUCCAGGAAAAACUCUGGCCAUGGUAAAGAAUAGAUAUUACAAAUAUCUUCGAUAUAGGUGGGAGAUCUUGGGAUAAAACUACAAACAUCUAAGUCUUCCAUAGGAUUCUUAUGAAAAUUUGUGUGAAUAACAAAAAAUAAUAAGUGAUCAACUUGAGGAGGAAAAGAGCGACUUAAUAGCGUAAGUUUUCUCACAUACAAAACUACUUUCAAAUGCUCGCAUGUUUGUUGAAUAUCUAAUUGAACAAUUAUUAUGA